GAGAUUUGAGGCAUUUGUACAAAUGGGAAAGAGCCCCACAUGUGAAUUACUUUAUGACUGGGGAACAACAAACUGUACAGUUGGUGAUCUUGUGGAUCUGCUGAUUAGGAAUCAGUUCCUAGCACCAGCAAGCCUUUUGCUUCCAGAAGCUGUAAGGAUGGCACAAGAAGUUACGUUACCUCUUUCUUCACAGGAAACCUUGCCUAUACACGAGAAACAACUGCCUGUACAGGAAAAAGAAAUGGCAUCUCUAAAGCCUGUUUUAACUCAGAGUACUGAGAAGCAACGUUCAGCUCCUCCCUGCUUAAGGCAAGAAAAUAGCAGCUCGCAGUCUAGUGACACAGAUUUCCAUAAUUUUUCAUUUCAUGACUUGGAAAGUGUUACAAAUAAUUUUGAUGCACGACCGGAAUCAGCUGGAGGUAACAAACUGGGAGAAGGUGGCUUUGGUGUUGUGUUCAAAGGCUACAUCAACGGCAGAAACGUGGCUGUCAAGAAGCUCAUUGCUAUGGUUGAUGUUAGUGUUCAGGACUUGAAGCAGCAAUUUGAUCAAGAAAUAAAAAUGAUGGCGAAAUGCCAGCAUGAGAAUCUAGUAGAGUUACUUGGUUUCUCAAGUGAUGGUGCUCAACCAUGUCUGGUGUACGAAUACAUGCCUAAUGGUUCAUUGCUUGACAGACUUGCUUGUCUGGAUAAUACUCCACCAAUUUCGUGGAACACAAGAUGUAAAAUUGCUCAAGGUACAGCAAAUGGCAUCGAGUUUUUGCAUGAAAAUAAUCAUAUUCACAGAGAUAUUAAAAGUGCAAAUAUCUUAUUAACUGAUACAUAUAUGCCCAAAAUUUCUGACUUUGGACUUGCAAGAGCAUCUGUAACAUUCACGCAAACAAUCAUGACUGAAAGAAUUGUUGGAACAGCAGCCUAUAUGGCACCUGAAGCUCUGCGAGGAGAGAUAACACCUAAAUCCGAUAUCUUCAGUUUUGGAGUAGUCUUACUAGAAAUAAUAACAGGUCUCCCUCCAGUAGAUGAAAAACGGGAGCCGCAGUUACUGUUAAGUAUCAAAGAUGAAAUCGAGGAUGAGGAAGCGACUAUUGAGGAUUACGUUGAUGGAAAGAUGAGCGACUGGGAUGAAUCUUCAGUUCAUAAAAUGUAUUCAGUUGCUGCUCAGUGUCUGAAUGACAAAAAAACCAGAAGGCCAGGCAUGAAGAUGGUCCAACAGCAUCUACAAGAGAUAAAAACUUGA